UUCUCACCAGCAGGUAAUUGAUUCUGAGCUUCCUCCAGAGGAGAAACCAAGAGGUGUUAGAAAGAUGAAGAUUCUACUCUUACUUCUUGGAGUCGUUCUGGUUUGUGGCAGCCGCCUACCUCUACCGGACAGCCGCCUACCUCCUCCGGACAGCCGCCUACCUCUACCGGACGGCCGCCUACCUCUACCGGACAGCCGCCUACCUCUACCCGACGGCCGCCUACCUCUACCGGACGGCCGCCUACCUCUACCGGACGGCCGCCUACCUCUACCGGACGGCCGCCUACCUCUACCGGACGGUCGCCUACCUUUACCGGAAGGCCGCCUACCUUUACCGGACAGCCACCCACCUUUACAAGACAACCUUACACAGCUUUCAGGAGAAUGGAACACGCUUUUGGUCGCAGCCACCAACGUUGACAAGAUAAGCAACGGCCCAUUCCACGGUUAUAUAUGCAAAGUUGAUGUGGACGUAACAAAUGGCACAGUCGUCUUCAAUUUUUCUGUCAUGAUGAACGGACUGUGCACAGAAAAGUCUGCCGUGGGAACCAUUGGGCGUGACAAGUUUAUCAAUAUUGGUAAUAUGAAUCAAAAUGUUUUCAAUCUUUUUUAUGCCACCUCAAAUACUAUCGCAAUCAACGUGAACACCAGAAGAAACACCACAAAACCAUUUGUAUUGCUUGAUACGAAUGGAAAUAUUUUCAAUAUUGGUUAUGACAGCCUCGGUUCUCUCAUAAUACAUACUGCCAACGUGGACACAGCAGGACAAACCACACAAGUGUUUGCAUUGCUUGGCAAAAGACUUCAUCCUGAUGACAACGACUUUGCAAAGUUCAGGGAGUUGAUGAGAGGAAACAAUAUUCCUGAAGAAAAUCUUAUAGAUAUAAGCAAAACUGGAAAGUGUCCUAGAAAUGAGAGAGGCACCAACCCGUCCUGAACACUCCGCAUCACUGAGAACCAGGAACACGGUCUUCCCCAUGGAAUCAGGAUCAACAGCAUGAAGAUUAUGUUCCUUCUUUCUGCCUCACAUAAUUUUCUCUAUUCAUAAACACGUUCGCCUUUCCCAUCUCGUCUCUGUCCAUCACCGUUCAGGUCCUGUUUGGUGUUACAGGAUUUGUCUGUCCAUCACCAUUCAGGUCCUGUUUGGUGUUACAGGAUUUCUGAAUGAUUAAAUAAAUUGAUUACACAUGUA